AUGGCCGCUCUGGCCUCUUUCUCUCGUAACAGCCGAACUUACGGACAACAACCCAUCAAUGGAACCACAACUCAACCACGGGAAAAAAAUGGCACUGAGCUUAGAAACAACGAUUCACCGUGUGCGCCAUCACUAGUGCGGCAGCUAGGUUUACCAAAUCUUGGUUCUUCGCAUUGUUCUAACCCUACACAUUCGCACUCAAGCUCAUCUUUAAUUCAGGCUCUUCAUUCUAGUCGUUCUCAGGCUAAUCAAGCCGGUUCUUCGCGAAACUCUUUACAUUACACGCAGUUUCCACAAUUCGACAGAAAUUAUUCUGCGGUACCGUCGUCGAAUAAUUCCUCACUUCUUCGUCCAUCUAAGACCAUGAUCGACGUUUUAACGCCUAUGCGCCCAGCACCGACAACGGCUGAUAGUUCUGCAAAUCUGCCAUCCACAGCCAGCAGCAGUGCGAUCGGCUCUUCAGUUUCGUCGUCCUCAGGUGGAACGUCGAUCGGUGCUAAGCACCUUUCGGCUUCUGUUUCAGCACUGUCAUCCUUACCCGAUCAGAGAAUAAAAAUGACAAAAAGCCCUAGUGAUGAAUCGUUAAGUUUUAGGUCGCAUACCUCUUCUUCUGGUGGUAGUAACGGUGGCCACAACUCUAAUAGUACGGGCAAUAAUUCUACAGGAGGUGGUAACAAGGGUUUCAAACCUGAUGACGCCAUUCAAACAUUUGGUGCCAAACUGAUGCCGUAUGAGCAGACCGAAAUAUAUAACUAUAUGCGGGUUUAUUUUGUUGGAUCUCAGGCGAAGAAGCGUGGUGGAAUAAUAGGCGGUCCUAAUAACUAUGGGUAUGAUGAUGAAACUGGUAGUUAUCAAUUAGUGGCUCAUGAUCAUAUAGCAUAUCGUUAUGAAAUCCUUAAAGUAAUAGGAAAAGGAUCUUUCGGACAAGUUAUUAAAGCUUAUGAUCACAAAUAUCAACAAUAUGUCGCUCUUAAGCUAGUCAGAAAUGAAAAGAGAUUCCACCGACAAGCUGAUGAAGAAAUCAGGAUACUUGAUCACUUACGUCGUCAAGAUGCCGAUGGAGGUCAUAAUAUAAUUCAUAUGUUGGAUUUUUUCACUUUUCGUAAUCAUAAAUGUAUUACAUUCGAAUUAUUAAAUAUAAACCUAUAUGAGCUUAUAAAGAAGAACAAAUUUCAAGGCUUUAGCCUAAUGUUGGUACGGAAGUUCGCUUACUCUAUGUUACUGUGUCUGGAUUUAUUAAAUAAAAAUAACUUAAUUCACUGUGAUCUCAAGCCCGAGAACGUUUUACUUAAGCAGCAAGGGCGAAGCGGAAUUAAAGUCAUAGACUUUGGUUCGUCAUGUUUUGUAGAUCAACGGAUUUACACAUAUAUUCAAUCGCGUUUCUAUCGUGCUCCAGAAGUUAUACUUGGUGCUAAGUAUGGAAUGCCAAUUGAUAUGUGGUCCCUUGGUUGUAUUUUAGCCGAACUACUAACAGGCUACCCCUUACUUCCUGGUGAGGAUGAAGGCGAUCAAUUAGCGCUGAUUAUGGAAUUGAAUGGAAUGCCUCCUGCAAAGUGUAUAGACCAGGCCAAACGCGCCCGAACAUUUAUCUCCUCUAAGGGAUACCCCCGAUAUUGCACUGUCACACAGAUGCCCGAUAACUCGAUUGUAUUAACAGGGGCGCGCUCGAAGCGAGGAAAAAUGAGAGGACCACCUGCUUCUAGAAGCUGGAAUACAGCCCUCAAAAAUAUGGGUGACGACUUAUUUAUUGAUUUUUUGAAAAGAUGUUUGGAUUGGGACCCAGAAACAAGAAUGACUCCUCAACAGGCCCUAAAGCAUCAAUGGCUUCGAAGGAGGCUUCCAAACCCUCCUCGUCGCGACGAUGUGGGUUCAGAGACAGACUGUAAAUUCUAA